CCUGUAAAGUAGCUACAUAGAAGAAAAUCUGCAGAAACUACCACUUCAAAAGUCUUUCCCAUUUCCCUUUUCGUUCCCUGCUAGCUAGCGGUUGAUCAAAUCCCUGUUCGUCCCAAAAAAGACAUUCUCAACCAAUUAGGUUUCUCCCCAUGGGAAUCCAAAGCUUCCCAAUUCUUCUUCUCUCUCAAUCACAUCCACAUUCUUUUCACCUUCCCUCUCCAAAUUGCGAUUCUCUUUAGGCAUUGGCUUUACAAAAUGGUGUUCAUUACAAGACCACUUCUUGUUCUAUUCCUCUCUUGUUACACUUCAUUAGCAUUGUACACUCCGCCUGAUAACUACUUGAUCUCUUGCGGCUCAUCGCAGAACAUAACCUUCCAAGGCCGAACCUUCGUUCCAGAUUCUCUCCACCUCCUCAAAACCGGAAACUCCUCCGUAGUAGAAGAAGCAACCAACUCCAGCAACCUCUCGAUCUACCAAACCGCUUGUGUUUUUUCCGGUUUAGCUUCGUACCGGUUCAGAAUCUCAUCACCCGGUCGACACUGGAUCCGUCUCCAUUUCUCCCCAAUCAAGAACUCCACCUGGAACUUAACAUCCGCUUCGGUCACAGUCCUAACAGACGACUUCGUCCUCUUGAACAACUUCUCGUUCAAGAACCAACAAAUCUUAAAGGAGUACACAGUCAACGUCACCACAGACUCCUUAACCCUAACUUUCAUCCCUUCCAACAAAAGCUCCCUCGCCUUCGUCAACGCGAUCGAAGUCGUCUCUGUUCCGGACAGCCUCAUCCCCGACCAUGCCAACACUCUACACCCUUCCUCUCCCUUCCCUCUCUCCCGCCUCGCGUUCGAGACGGUCUACAGGUUAAACAUGGGAGGACCGCUGCUGACUUCAGAGAACGACACGCUGGGGAGACGUUGGGAGAACGACGCGGAGUAUCUCCACGUGAACAGCUCUGUUCUCGUCGUAACCGCAAACCCUUCUUCCAUCAAAUACUCUGUCUCCGCGACUCAAGAAACGGCUCCCAACAUGGUUUACGCGACCGCAGAUACGAUGGGUGAAGCAGCGAACGUGGCGAAUCCGAGUUUUAACUUGACUUGGGUUCUCCCCGUGGAUCCGGAGUUUAGUUACUUCGUCCGUGUUCACUUCUGCGAUAUCGUGAGCCAAGCGAUGAACGAGCUCGUCUUUAACCUAUACGUGAAUGAUGAUCUCGCUCAUCCUAGUCUUGAUCUGUCUUCGUUGACUAACGGUCUCAAGGUUCCUUACUUUAACGAUUACAUCUCCAACGCUUCUUCUUAUUCUGGUGGGUCUUUGACCGUCAGCGUUGGGCCUGAUUCUCAAGGUGAUAUCACCAACGCGACUAUGAGUGGGUUAGAGGUUUUCAAGAUUAGUAACGAAGCUAAUAGCUUAAGCGGUUUGUCUUCUGUUAAGUCUCUUCUCCCUGGAGGAGGAGGAUCAUGUUCCAACGAGAAGAAAGUUGUUAUCAUCGGCUCCGCGGUCGGUGCGGUUACAUCGGUACUGUUGAUCGCGGUCUGUUGCUAUUGUUGUUUAGCUUCUUCAACAAGGAAGAAAAGUCCUCGAGAAGGCGGUAACGGUAACGGUAAUUGGCUGCCCUUACCUUUAUACGGACUCUCUCAGACGCUUACAGCUUCUCGCAAGAGCAACACGGCGAGCUGCAUUUCGCUAGCCUCCACGCAUCUCGGCCGCUGCUUUACGUUCCAGGAAAUAAUGGACGCCACCAGCAAGUUCGACGAGAGCUCGCUGCUCGGCGUCGGCGGGUUCGGCCGGGUUUACAAAGGAAAUUUGGAAGACGGGACCGACGUGGCGGUGAAACGAGGAAACCCGAGGUCGGAACAAGGCAUGGCCGAGUUCAGAACCGAGAUAGAGAUGCUGUCGAAGCUCAGGCACAGACACCUCGUCUCGCUGAUCGGGUACUGCGACGAGAGGUCGGAGAUGAUUCUUGUCUACGAGUACAUGGCCAACGGACCGCUGAGGAGUCACCUCUACGGAGGCGAGCUUCCUCCGCUGCCGUGGAAACGGAGGCUGGAGAUUUGCAUCGGCGCAGCGAGAGGGUUGCAUUACCUGCACACAGGCGCGUCGCGGAGCAUCAUACACCGCGACGUGAAGACCACGAAUAUCUUGCUAGACAAGAAUUUCGUCGCGAAGGUCGCGGAUUUUGGUUUAUCCAAAACCGGACCUUCGCUUGAUCAGACUCAUGUGAGCACUGCGGUUAAAGGAAGCUUCGGGUAUCUCGACCCGGAGUACUUCAGGAGACAGCAGUUAACCGAGAAGUCGGAUGUUUACUCUUUCGGGGUUGUUCUGAUGGAGGUUAUCUGUUGUAGACCGGCUUUAAACCCGGUUUUGCCGAGGGAACAAGUGAACAUAGCUGAAUGGGGAAUGGCUUGGCAGAAGAAAGGUCUGCUGGAUCAGAUCAUGGACAUUAACUUAGCCGGGAAAGUGAACCUUGCGUCGUUGAAGAAGUUCGGUGAAACUGCAGAGAAAUGUUUGGAGGAGUAUGGAGUGGAUAGGCCGUCCAUGGGAGAUGUGUUGUGGAACUUGGAGUACGCGUUGCAGCUGGAAGAAACGUCUUUGGCCUUAAUGGAGGCUGAUGAUAAUAGUACAAACCAUAUCCCUGGGAUUCCGAUGGGGGCAAUGGAGACGUUUGAUAAUAGUAUAGUUGAUAGAGGAGGAGGAAACUCGGGGACGGGGAUUGAUGAUGAUGCGACUACAAGUGCUGUGUUUUCGCAGCUUGUUCAUCCUCGUGGAAGGUAGAUGAACAGAUAUUUAUAACGACUUCAAAAAAUUUCAGUCAGAUUUUUUUUCAAAUUUUAUAGAAUUUGUUAUGCAGUAAAAAAAAUGAAUAUGAUUAUGUUUAUUUAUC